AUGUCAUCAGGUUUUGAUGAUCGUGUUGAAGCUCGUUUAAUUGGUUUGCGUAUGGCUGCUGAUGCUCCAGAUGAAUUAGCAUCAAUUAUAUCUGGUUCAUCGAGUAUUUCAUUAUCAAAUGAAAGUGCAUCUUUACAAGACACAGAUAAUCGAAAUUCAUUGUCGGAUCAAAGUAUGAGAUCAUCUUCGUACACUCCUUCAUCGUCGAACGGUUCUUUUAAUAAUAAUGCACCUGUUACAGCUCGAAGAUUACAAUUACCUGAUCAUACUCUAUCAUUAUCAGAACAAGCUUCAAAGAAUAUCUAUCAUAAAUUUGUUCAAAAUAAUCUAAUUAUUAAACAAGGAAUUUUGGAUAAGAAAAAGGGUUUAUUUGCUAAACGACGUAUGUUUCUUAUCACUGAAGGUCCUGCUAUUUUCUAUGUUGAUCCUGAUGCAAUGGAAUUAAAAGGAACUAUAUCAUGGACAGCUGAUUUACGUAUUGAACAGAAAGAUAUGAAAACAUUUCUCAUUCAUGUGCCCGGUCGAACAUAUCAUUUAACUGAUCCCGAUCAAGAUGCGACGACAUGGUGUAAGAGUCUUAUAUCGAUUCAUUAUCGAUAUUAUAAUACAGAUCCAAAUCGAAAAUUAUCAACAAUGACAACAUAUUCAUCAGCAUCAUCAUCAUCCGGAUUGCAGCCUACUAUUCCAGUAACUGAACUAUAA